AUGAAACCACCUUCUCAACGAGUUAAGAUAAGGGGUGCUUUGAAGAAACUGAAGCCUACACUGAAUGACAACUCGACUACACGAGCUCCUUCUUAUUGUGAGCACGACAAUAAACUUUUUCCCGACUCACCGACUCCUAAAUCUCAAAAAUCUCAAAAGAGUUCAAACAAAGGAGCUCACAUAAGCAAACCGCCUCCGACACCUAUUCCACAGAAAAUUCCAUUUAUCGAAGAGAUGCCUAUUCCACCGAAAAUUCCAUUCAUCGAAGAGAUGCUGGUUUUUAUGCACAAAUACAUCAAGCGGAUCGUCAAUAUUGAGGGGGACGGUAGUUGCGGUUACCGGGCCGUAACAACUUUGCUUGGUGAUGGAGAGGAUAGCCAUACAUGA